AUUAUGUCCAAGGACACAUUUUACUUCACAUCUAUGUCGCUGCGCUCCCUGCGGAUGGAGCAGGAGUUGCAGGACUGGGAAGACGCACGGCGGGCCUUAGCCCAAAGGAGAGCCCUUACCCGGGCUCCGCUGCCAAGGGCCCCCCGGAGGCCUCCGCGCAAUCCGCAGCACCUCCAGGAGGUGCGGGCCGCCCCGCCUCAAGUCCGCUGCCGUGACACCGCUGUCCACAAUACUUUUAUGUGCGGAGACAUGAAAGGUGUGUACGCCAUCCUCAGGGACCCUGCCAUGGUCAACGCCCUGAUGGAGACAGUGCAUGAAGAGAUGGUGUGGGCCCCGGAGAUGGGCAUGUGGACAAUGACCUCCAAGGUGAAGCAGACAUCCGCCUUGCGCUUGGCAUCCAGCUUUGGGCACGUGGCUUGUGUGGAGGAGCUCCUGUUCCGCGGCGCUGAAGUGAACGCAGACCCGGGAGGCGGCACGGCCCUCCAUGACGCCUGUGCGGGAGGACACGCCGCCUGCGUCAAAAUGUUGCUCGACCACGGAGCAGACGUACAACUGCUAUCGGCCGACGGAAACGCUCCUCUUCACCUCUGCACCUCGCCACUCUCAUUACAGUGUGCUGAGCUGCUUCUGGACGGCGGCGCCGAUGUAAACAUGAGGACUGCCGAGUCCAGGCUCACCCCACUGCACGUGGCUGCCCUGAGGGGCCUGGAGGGCCACGUGGAGCUGCUCCUAUCCCUAGGUGCUGAUGUGCUGGCCACCAAUCGGGAAGGCGAAACGGCCCUGAAUGCCGCCUGCGCCAGGGCCGACAGGCCUCUAGAGACGGGCCGCUACCUGGGUGUGGUCCGUAGGCUCUUGGACGCGGGCGCCAACCCGCGUACGGUGGGCAAGAAACGACACACGCCACUGCACAACGCUUGUGCCAACUGCUGCCCGGCAAUCGUAGAGCUACUGCUGCAGUAUGGCGCGCAGGCGGAUGUCAGUAACUGUGCAGGGUGCACACCCAUGGAAUGUGUGCUGCAGGUGCUUGAGGACUACUUAGACCAGCAACCUGAAAAAGUGGUACGGACCCUGCUGAACCAUGGAGCCAAACCUGUCCCACCAAAGAUGUUGAGGCAAUGUGUUCUCUCUCCGGCCACUUUCGAGGUGAUUCUUAACUCGUACACGCACGUCCCAUCAUUCACCUGGAUGGACGACUGCCCUCACAGGCAGGAACACUCGAGCUUCUACGAACUCGUGCGUAAACUGAGUGAUCAGCCACGCUCGCUGCAGCAUCUCUGUCGCUGCACUGUGCGUCAUCGCUUGGGGGUGCUAUGCCAAUCUCAAGUGAGGCGACUGGAUGUCCCUAGUUCAGUCAAGGAUUACCUGCUGUUGCAGAAUGACGGGACAUUACACUGA